CACACUUACAACAUCAGCAUUGCCCUUCCAUCGGUCUACCAAUCUACAACUCUAAAUCACAUUGUCAACUCACUCCCAAAAACGGCAACACAAAAUCCGAGAAGCUUUCCAGUUCUACUGUCAGCCAUCAAUCUAAACUCAAAAUGUCUCGCAACGACACAUAUCUUUCCCUUUGCCUUGCUCAAGCCGAGUUGUCACCUCUCCACUACCGCCACGGAGCUAUCAUCGUUCGUGGCGGUAAAGUGAUCGGCCAAGGCUUUAAUUAUCACCGUCCCGGCUUCGACGGCGGCUCUCUCAAGGCUGGAGUCCUCCCAUCCUGCCAUUGCAGAACUCAAGCAACGUUUGAAGUCCAAGCCGAAGCCUAUGUCUAAGCUGGACCCGGAUAAUCAUCUGCAGUCUACUACUUUUACACCGUUUGAGGCCAUUGGCAAUGGUUGCAGUGCCAAUGAGACACUCUCUCUCCACUCAGAAAUGAUGGCCAUUCAAUCUGCUCUCUCCUUGUCUUCUGCUGCUCAGGCGGCUCAAACCUCUGCGAGGGGCGCCAAGUACUUUGAAAAACCGUGCUUCUCCUUAUUACCGGGUGAUUCUAGAAAACGAAAGUUACGAGCAAGCGCGCCUAGAGCGUACGUCGAGUCGGUCAUUGGGGAGAGUGAGGAGGGUGGAAAGUCCUGCGGUGGCAAGCACUCGGUUCAAAAGUCGCGUUUUGAAUCGGGUGCAUGUCAACCAGGUUUCCAAGUCUAUGUCCAACGUGUCGAACGACAAGGAGAAAGACAGUGGGUUCUAUCUGAAGGAGAAGAAGAAGAAGAAGAAGAAAGAGAAGGAGAAGGAGAACGGGGAUUCGUACACCUAUCACGAGACCUAUCACUCUCAGUGUAAAGGGAAGUUGGAUUUAUCAAUAUCAAAUGAUUUUGGAAUAAACAAGACAUCCUCCUCGCUAGGACCCUCCAGCAAGACCUCCUCAAGGGACAACUUCAUCAGCAAGCAAAAAUACCAAAACAAGGUCAGUACCCUCUAUUCUCAAUCUUUCGCCAAGUCAUACUAACCAAUCCCAGAACCACAAAAAGCACACUCAGCAAACCCCUUUAAAAACAGAGACAGUACUCAUCACCAGAAGACCAACUCUAUCCAGCAAACCAUCCAUAGUAUCUCGAACCAAAGACUCCCGCCUCAAAGGUUCAGACCUCUACGUCGCCCGUCUAGGACAAUGUACCUCCCAACCCCUCAAACCCGCUAAACCUUCCAUCCCCCGCCUUCUCCUGCUCCCACUCCCUCAUCCUCCCCCCCUCAAGAAAGACGAACCCCCACAUCCCUCCACGACGAGCUCUCCCCUCACCUCCAUACCUCCGUAUCACCAUCCCCAACCCCCAAUUCAACACCAUCCUCAAUGCCUGAAAUCAGAGCCUCGCGUCCUUGCUAUAGAUGUGUGACAGCUAUGCACGCGGUAGGCAUCAAGCGCGUGUUCUGGACUAAUGCUGAGGGUUCCUGGGAAGGGGCUAAAGUGAGGGAUUUGGUGGAUGCGCUUGAAGGGGGUGGAGCGGUGGAGAGUGGUGGGGGUGUGGAUAGUGUUAAUCGUGGGGUUUUUGUUACGAAGCAUGAGGUGCUUGCGUUGAAGAGGGGGAUGGAAGGGGGGCGGUAG